AAUCAAAGAAGAAAAACUGUUGUGAAGAAAGACUUGUAGGACUGUAGCAUCCAAGGACGCAUAUUUUAAAUUCAGUGUUUAUUUCACUUCUACGGAGGCUACGAAGGGAAUACGACCGCAAUUAGGCAUUUGAUUUUCUCACCUGUAUGAAGUAGAGUAACACGCAGAAAUUAAAAGUUUUCUAUUUCAUUCAGUUCAUCCAACACUCCAAAAAAUUUAUUAUUCACCCAACACUUGUCUAAAAUUCGACAGACCUUUACAUAAAAGUAAGAAUCAAAGCAAGCAUGGGGAACUUUGCGAGUAAACUGUUGGGUCGCUACGCAGAGGAAGUAACCGAGUCAAAGGCCAAGUCUACAUGUUCAGAGGAAACUGCCCCCUGUACUCCAGCAACUGUAAAAAAAACAGUACCAAUGGAUCCGAGAUCAGCUUCCGCUGGUAUUCCUCGCACUCCAAUUGAAAUCAUUUACACACCACCGACUACACAAAGACGCCCGAUUAGUGCCAUACCACCGUACUUGCAAAAAAAACAAUAUCUAGAAACUGACUUUGAUGAUAUUGCCACACAUGCUCCUCGGAAAGGCUCUCCCACAAUGCCACCAGCUACUGGCAUUCUGUCUAUCCCCGAUUUGAAUGACUCGCCAAAUGUCAAUAAGAUGAAUCGACCAACUAUAAACGUCGUUGCUGAAAGCCCGUUAGCUGCGAGGCAAUCACGGGAUACUGAUACACUUCUCGACGAAUUACGCUACAGAAUUUUUGGACUCGAUCCUAGGUCACCUGCCGCAGACUUCAGCAGAACUCCGAUACUUUCACCUAAAUCUAUACGACGUCUGAAGGCACGAUCAUUUGAAAAUCUUAACAGGCGUGAUAGUUACUUAGAAAUGAAUAUCCCAAGCCAGACGAGACUAUCUUACUGUGAAACUACCGCGGAGGAUCGCAUAGUAGAAGUUCUUGCAUUGCCAGACAUUGCGUUGAACCAAUGCACAGCUUCGAGCUUGCAUUUGUCAAUAAAAAAUUUGGAUAUUUGUGAUUCCGGCAGCACCAGUUCAGACACAAGUAUAGAAACUAUUUAUGGAGAUUGCGAUGAAGUCACAGUUAUACCCAACCCGAAUGUUAAAUUGGGACAAGGCGUACAUACAUUGCCUGUGGCAUCCAGUUCAAGCUCUAGUAUCGAGGUGAUCGACGAUUAUCAGGAUGUCUCUUGCCCAGCUCAGGCUGAAACAGAGGAUUACCUACAUAGUCCAGCAGAAAACGUUAAUCGCGUUUUAUCUAUCGCCACAAAAGCCCAUGAAAAACAAAAGUUAGUUACUGAAGUUGAGAGAAGAGUUUCUGUUUGGAUGGACUCUAUAUCCUCUGAGGUUUUGGAGACCCAAAACUGCAAUGUACCCGACAAUCUAACACCAGUACAAACUGAUGUAAAUUCACUACCGAAUGAAGAGGUACUGAUAGAAUUUGAUGACAAUGAGAUAAUGAAACCCAAGAUAACUCAAGCUACAAAUGUACUCGAUGAAACCGAAAAACCUAAAGUGACGAGGCUGGAGAUGGCAGGUCGAAAAAAUAACAAUCUCGAAAUAGAUAGCAAGGUCUUCUUUCAGGAAAAGAUAUUCACUCCCGACGGGAAGAACAUUAACCAAGCACCAAAGGUACGCACGCCUCUUGGUAAUCGAUCGAACAAUCAUGUUAAGGUGAAAAACAUGGCCAUGAAAUCCCCACAGCAACUACUUCGAGGGAAAGUCAUGUCUACUAAACUACAUCAGGAAAACACGCCGCCGCGUUCAAUAAAAUCAAAACUUAACAGUACUCAGUGGGAUCCCGAUUCUACUUUCCUUAUUUAAAGAAAAAAUAGACUUAAAAACCAUUACAAAACUUUGUGUGUGUAGUUCAUUGUUUUAGAUUUUAUUAUUGUAUUUUAAUUAUAAGGAUGGUAAUAACUUCAAUGAAUUUGACAAUAAGUCCUAUAA